AUAUUGAAUUAUUUUGCAUACGAUUCAUUCAUGGUAUUAUUUGUUGUUUCGAUACACUUUUUAGAUAGUUUGGAAGCAAAUAUAAACAAAUAAGCGAGUAGAUCGAUAAUUUGAGUAGAUCACAGACACGAAAAUUCAGAAUAAUAUAUCCGUUUUAGUGUAAAUAGCUGCAACUAACCCGCUACACAUGCGUUACAACAACGUUCGCAUUCGUAACGAAGUUGGAAGUUAAUUUGCAGCCAUGGCGUCGAGCAGUCGAUACUUUUGUGAUGUCUGCAACUUGAAAUUAAUUUCAGAUAAAGCAAUGGAAGAACAUUUGAAAGGCAAGAAACACCAGAAAGUGGAAGAGGUGACAAAAAUGAGGCAGAAUCAAGCGGAAAAAAGUAUAUUUGUUGGUAACCUAGUGAAAAGCAUGUCGGAGAUCGAAAUCACAGAUUACUUCAUGAAAGUCGGUUCAGUCGAAAAGGUGAUCAUGGACAAAGAAAAGCAUCAAUAUGCAAUAGUUGAGUUUGAAUCGAAAGAACUGGUUCAACAGGCUCUAGCCUCCAAGAAACACACCAUCGGUGGCAGAAAAGUUAAUGUCAAACAACGAGAAUGGAAGCCAUAUUCAAAACCAAAACCACCACAUAAACACCCCUCAGCUAAAUCUACACCAAGAGGCAAUGCAGAUGACGCGGUCAUUGAGUCGAUUGCAGCAGUGGACAGUGUUGCAGAGCAGAUGCAUGGUCUUUUGGCAAGAUUACAAUUGUCUCCAGAAGAUGUCAGUCUUCGCUACUUGAUAUGCCGCCUGCUCCAAAGUGUAUUCCAAGAAUUUAUGCCGCAUGUCUCUAUCGCUCCAUAUGGCUCAUCGGUAAAUAGUUAUGGGGUCAAAGGUUGUGAUCUUGACCUUAAUCUGACUAUUGACAGUAGAAGUCUGAUGUAUCAGUUCUCGACUCCACUGGCUGAAGAUGAGACUCUUGAAAAAAUAGACAAAACAAACUUGAAAGAAUUUAACGAAGGUCAAAUGCUUGAUCUCACUGAAGAUGGUGACAGCGCCACCAUGGAAAUGAUUUGUAAAAUAAUUCGUCAGCUUGUACCAGGAAUGAAAAACGUACGAGGAAUUCCAUUGGCCCGCAAGCCUGUUGUCAAAUUUUGCCAUUCUCAAUCUGGUCUAAUGUGUGAUAUUUCCAUAAACAACAGACUUGCUUUGCGAAACACAGAACUGGUUUCAUUUUAUGGUAAACUACAUCCAGUUGUGCGCCCUCUAGUGUUUACCAUUCGACAGUGGGCUAAAGUGAAGCAGAUUGCAGGCAAUGUUGGAGCAGGACCGAAGCUUACAAAUUACGCACUCACUCUAUUAAUAAUAACAUAUCUACAGAUGGAAGAGGUCAAAGUGCUACCAUCAGUGGAUGAAUUAGAGGCUGCUAAUGAGAAUGGUGAACAGAUUAUUGAUGGUUGGAAUUGUUCCUUCAGUCUUGAUGUUGAUGUGCUUAAAUCUGUUCCAAAAAAACAAUCUAUUGAAAACCUAUUGAUUGGAUUUUACAAGUUCUAUGCAAUGGUUGACUUUUCAAGCAAUGUGAUUUGCCCAAGGAAAGGGCAGAUAGUGCCUGUACAUAUAUUUCAGAAGGAAGCAAGUGGACUAACAAAUGAGUUCAAAUUUGGUUCUUUGAAUGUGCAAGAUCCUCUGGAACUGAGUCACAAUGUAGCAGGCAAUGUUAAUGAAAAAACCACCAAGAGGUUAUCAGGUGAGAUCAAAGUUGCCCAGGUGGUUUGCCAAUCGAAAAAGUUUUCAAAACAUGAUAGUGAAAAAAGGUCAUGGGGAUUAAUGUUGCUGCUAAAGGAAGGAGCAGGUGGACCGCUGAGGACUGAUGUUGUUGGUUGUUUGGAGGUAGCAUUCCACGAUUGCUCAUUCUCUGAAGGGUUUAGAAAAAAAUGGGAAGGCAACAGUGAUGGCGCCCAUAAUGAUUGGUCUCACCAGAUGGUUGCAUUUUUUAAAAUGGUUUUACACGAUGUCUUGAAAUUUGAUUGCCAUGUUGUGUCUCCCCUUCAGAAGGAAAACACCACCCUUGAAAGUUCAGAUUCUAAGGACAAGCAUCACUCAAUGGAAGAGAUGGAUAUCAAUAGGUCAAGAGCUGCACUGAAAAGAGAUCUAGAAGAUGAUUCUCCUCUGCCAACCAAAAAAAUAAAAAUUGACAAAGAAAUAGAUAAUGAAGUUGAUUGUGAAAAGGGUUGGCGGGAUUCAGAAACAAGUUUUACAUCUGAUCCAGGAUGUUCUUCUGAGGUUUCCAGUAUUUCUCCAGAUGGAAAUGAUAACCAUGCAGCAGACAUGGACGUGCAGUCAACAACAUCUUCUGCAAUCUCACUUCCAGGUGAACAUCUCUUGACUUGUUCAUGCAAAGUCAAAUUUCCGGUCUGGAUUGGUCGAAGAAAACUUAGACGAAUUUUAAUGAAGUUACCAGAAUUUAAAUCAAAUAUCUUGGCACUAGAAAGUGCUGUGACAUCUAAGGUCAUUAAAGAACAAGACCUCAUGGGUGAUGUUAAGUUUACUUCUGGUUCAAUGGGUGUACAAUUGCAUCUGAGGAAGGUAUUAGAAAAUGGUGACUGCAGACUUAUGCUCCAAAUGGUACCAGUAACAGAGGAAGCAGAAUGCAAGAGUUUCUUUCACUUUUUUGAAAAUUUUUUUUCGAAAUUGUUGUCAAACCAUGUGUUCCAGUAAACAAAUUAAAUCCAUCAUUAUAUUCCAACUAAAUUAUAAUGGAGUAUAGUGUAGUUGCUUAAAACUGGUGGUAACCAUUGUGUAUGAACUUAAACAUGGAGACCUAUUCUGGUUCUAUGGUGUCAAGCUGCUUUUUGUUCAAAUCAGUGGUACAGCAUAGCAAUGUCUUUAACAGACAUCUAUCCUGUUGAGAGCAGUGGAUCAUCUUUCAGUGUACUGCCCAAUUCACUACCAGGGGUAGCAUUGCAGUGACACGGGUCCCCAGCCCAAAUUUCCUAGUCCUGUUUUAAUUACAGUACUGGUGCCGUAUAUUCUCACGCAUAAACAAUGCUUAAAAUAGCAAAUUACAAUAGAAAAACAGGGGGUCAUCUUAUAUGCACAACACAUCAAAUUUUUUAUCGUGUUUGUCUUAUGUGCAGAUUGUCUGUGACAUGUAAAUUUACUACUGAAAUGAAGCUAAUUUUAAAUGUGGGAAAAUAAGAUUUUGUUGAACAUUUAAAAGCCCAUAAAAUGGUAUUACUUGGAAGGCAAGCCCUAUGUUUGGCUUUGUUUUUAGCCAGCUAGGUGUAAAUCAAGACCAUAAAAGGUAGUAUUUCUGACAGUAAAACAGGGGUCCUCUUGUACGCCCAACAAACAAAGAUCGUCCAAAAAAUUGCAGGUCAUCUAACAUGUGAGAUUAUACGGUAGAACACAUUGAUUUUAUUUUACUUAAUAAUUUUAAAUACAAGAUAAGUGGAGACACUAAAAGUUAUGGAAGAUUUUAGAAAUGUCUAAUAUUUUAUUUGUAUAAAAUAUUUUAUUCUCUGGAAUUUUUAAUUACACAUCUUUUUUAGGGGAAAAAAAUCAAGAAUUAUACUUUCUGUUCUAAUGCAAGACAUUUUUGUUUCAUUGUAAUUCAUUCACAUGGUAACAAUUACUGGACAAUGUACUUCAGAUCUUCUCCAUCUAUUGUAAAUGUCACAACAAGUGCCCUCUUAUCCUUUGGAUUCUUUGCACAUACUAUAGAUCCAGUUAACAAGUCUCCUAAAAUAUACAAAGGAAGAAAAAUAUUUCAUUAUGGAGUAAUAAUUUUAUUUGUAUUUUUAAUACUUACUUAAAAAUACUUUCCCCAAAAAGGGGACUGCUGUUUGGUUGCUUAAACAAGUUUAAAAGUAGAAAGCCAAUACAUAUUACACAAUAAAUAGUUGUUAUUUUUAAGGAGUGAUUCUAUACCAUUAUAAGAAAUAUUUUAUUUUAUAUCCUAAUUUUUUACUUGCCCUUUUUAAGUGGUAUUGGCUUCGGAAGAGUGAACACAGUUUGCUUCCAGUGAGUUCUUUCAUUGGUUGGACUGCAGGAAAACAUUACCUGUAAAUUACCAAGUAAAACAUUAGUAAUUAAGACUAAGACAAACUGGGAUAAAUAAGGACAAAUUAUUUGGGUAAACUUACAGUUUUUCUGCAAUGCUUUUCGAAAAUGACAUCAAAAUAACCAACAAUUGCCUGAAAAAAGGAUAAAUGUUGUAUUCUGUUAUUUUUUUAAAGAAAUGCUAUAACUUAAAUAAGAGAGAAGUAAAUAGAAUUACAGUAUUACACUACUAGCACUACAGUUAUAUUAAUUUCUUAAGGAAACCUCAUUAAUUUACUUGAUAGUAUUUUUCAUAAAUGUGCUAAUAACAAAAAAAUAAUGAAUGAAACUCAUUCACUUUAGUAAAUAUUCUUUUCGGCUACAGUAUGUAUACCAUACAAAAUAAGAGAAAUUAAUAUUAGUUACUAAGUUUAAUUGAUUUACAAUUUAGACCUUUUUAAGCAAAUAUCGUUGUACAGUAUAAUAAUACUAUUUCUAUGUCAUCUAUUUGUUAUGACUAUUGAUUUUAUAUUAUAUUUAUUUGCAUACUGUUACGCUGCCAGUGAGGAACUAGUUUUUCAGACAAUAAACGUUUUAUUUAUAUCUUGAA